AUGAGCGACGGGAGCGGGAUGCACAGGGCCAUGAUCCGCUCUAGCCCCUACAGCUAUCACGCUCCCAGCCCGCCCAAAAUCCACAUCCCCGUUCAAAGCAAGGCCGACAUGGACCUGGUGCCCAGAUACGACCGUGUCGACUCCUCCAAACUCACCCUCGAGGACUUCACCAUCAUCACCGGCAACAGGAUCCAGAAAUCGACAGAUCGCUCCACACGCUGGAGGUAUGAGCAGCGCAGAGAAGCCCAGCGCAUUCUCGACUACCUCUUUCUGGGCCCUACAAGCAUCAUUCGGGACCACGAAUUCCUGAAGCGAGAGGCCUUGACCAUGGUCGUCGUGGUCCGUGACUCGAGGGCUCCCCGGAAUCUCGCCAGCGUCGAAACCGCAUCCGCGACGCUUAACCUUCCCUUUUGCUAUGUAGACGCCAAUGCCAAGCACCUGGUCCCGGCAUUCAACCAAAUUGUCAGCGUCAUCAACAAUCAUCUUCUCACUGUGCAUAACGUCACGGGGGGGACCAUCCGGGGCAAGCUCCUGGUGACCUGCGAUACGGGCAACAUGCUCUCCCCUUCUCUCGUCGCUGCUUAUAUCAUGUUCAUGUUUGGGCAGGAGCUGUUGGAGGCAGUCCACUUCAUUGGUGUCCAGCGGUUCUGCUCCAACUUUGAUGAUGAAGCCAAGGAAGCUUUGUUGACUUGGCAGGGGAUCAACAAGGCCAGUAUCGCCGUGGACAGGCGACGUCGCCUUGAACCAGACAAUGGGGGAAAUGGCCUCGCAUCUGAAUUCACCAGGGCUGAGGGCACGCUGACCACCAAACGUGGCCUUGAUGACAUGAUGGAUGGGGCGGAAGAAGACGGACGGAGCGACGGAGGUGACACUCUUGGUGACAACGACCGCUUCUCAGGCCGAGGGGAUUACGCACCGUUUCUUGAUGUCGACUAG